AUGGUUGACAACAAAAUCACUCAACUUGGCACAGCACGACGUAUUGCGAAUAGCAACGAGGACCUAGAAGAGUACAAAGGAACGGACAAUGCUUGUGAUGUAAAGUUUGACGAUAAUGGGGAUAUCAUACUGAAUUACAACUCCGUUCGUGAGACUGGAUGUGCCAUCGAUCUUUUGCACCGAUAUUUUACUGGUAAGUUUGAAUUCAAAGCAAUUUUGAGUAACGACAACAACGAGAUUAAAGAAUGUCUUCAGCCAAUGUCCACAGAUGGAUUUAAUGCCAAUUUGUGA